AUGACUUCUGUCGAGAAGGGUGAACGAAAUACAUAUCUCGGUGCCAAGGAGCCCAAGUACAGCAUCUUGACUUACACUUGGGGCAGAUGGGUAGAUCAAUCUAGGAAUGCACCGGCUCUGCCCGUCAAAGGGACAACGUGGAGAAUCCCGGCAGUCAAGAUAGAACACUUCAGUGUGGCAUCUUUCCUUAGGAUUGUGGAUCGAAUGGGGGCAGAAGAUGUGGAUUGGGCCUGGAUUGAUGUCGCUUGCAUCGAUCAGGAGAACACUUUGAUCAAGAUGGACGAAAUAGGCCGACAGGCAAGUGUCUUCCAAAACGCUCAUAGAGUCUUCCUCUGGUUAUCGCACACAAGCUUGGAUCUUCUAAAGACCUCUUUUUCAGACAUAACCAGAUACAGCUUUGAAUUGGGUUGUAUUGGAACUAAGUACGGGCGGCUUUCGCUGACUGUCCCUGAAUUGAUUGACUGUUUGUGCGAAACCACAAAUCGGCUUCUCAAUGAUCCUUGGUUUUCGUCCUUGUGGACUCUGCAAGAGCUCGUUUUAAGAAAUGAUGCCCUUGUACUCUCCAAGGAGGGCGAGGACUUAUUUCUAGACUCAGAACAGGUGAUGUCAGCACAGAGUUUGUUCAUGAUAUCGCUGAUCAGCAGCUGUCAAAAUGCUUAUUCUCUGGUCGAGGGCGUCAAAUUGGACCUAGAAAAAAUUGAACGUCUAAGCGUUGAUCAGCAGAUGACACUGGAUCAAGGGAGAACGAUAAUGCAGAAUAUCAUGGGAGCUGGGCUUUAUUUCCUGUUCACCGAUAAUCCUAAUGUUCAAUAUAGUAUUGCGCAAUAUAGGAGGACAAGCCGCCCCGAGGACCGUGUGUACGCCAUUAUGCAGGUCUACAAUCUCCGUGUCGGGCAGUCACUCCGACCAAACGACGCGCCUCCUCUGCAUCAACUCAUUGACGAGUUCGCCCUAGCUAUUCUCUCCACGGAUCCUAUGCUUGGCCAGUUAUUCCUGCACACUGCGCAACCAGAAACAAACAAGAGCUGGCGUCUUACUCAAAAUUCAAGAGUUCCCCCAGAGUUGAUGGCGUACAAGGAGCCCAGCCCCUGUUGCCAGAUAGGAACCAUUUUGGAGAGAGGUACUGCGAUUGCCACGGGCGAGUACAUCCCCUUUCGGGACCUCCUGGCGCUUUUCCAGCAGAACGGAGACACCGUCGAUCCGGACUUCGCCUUUCAGAUCAUGUUUGAUGACUACCUUGUAGAAUUGAUGGGACUCCAAAUAUUCCCGUUCAUAUCGAUAACUCAAUCAUCUGACCCAGAUAAGACGUGGAUAUGCAACAACAAGAUUGCUUGUAGCGAACGUGGAGAUAGGAACCUCUUUGUUCUUCUGCUUGGAGACUUCAAGGAUGGUUGGAAUUUCAGAGAGAAGCAAUCUGAUCGGAGAAACCUUGCGUUAGUUCUGCUAAAACAGGGAUUCAAAGAUGCCGAAGGAAGCAAAGAUCACUCUACUUUCAAACGACUCGGACUCUGCUACUGGACAUUACAAGUACCAGACAUUCGGGAACAAGUGGCCAAUCUUGGAUGGAAACACGGAAGUCUUGAGCUUUGUUGA